AUGCUGCAACAAAUUUUACGUGAUAUGUACAUUGACCCUGAACUCCUGGCAGAACUCAAUGAAGAGCAGAAGCAGAUCCUGUUUUACAAAAUGAGGGAAGAGCAGCUGAGACGCUGGAGGGAGAGGGAGGAAAAAGCAGAAAUGGAGGAUGCGCUGUUGAAAAAGACGGCAAGACUCAAGCGAAGUAAUGGCAAACGUGUGCAGUGGCUGCAUGGAAGUGAUGAUGAGGUCUGGGUCUGGGUUAUGGGAGAAGCCACAGGUGACAAGCCAUAUGAACAGAUUUCUGAAGAACUAAUUGCAGAACGAGCCAGGCAGCAAGCACAGAAGGAGGCAGAAGAAUUAUGGAGGCAAAAAGAGGCUGAAAUUACAAAGAAAUUCCGGGAUGCUAUGGCUAAGGAAAAAGCCAGAAUAGUGGCUGAAAAAUGGAAAAUAGAAAUAGAAGAUCGAAAAGCAGCCAAACUGAUGGAGGAAAAAAUUCAAGAGGAAUUAAAGAAAAGAGAAGAAGAAGAGAGGCAAAAAGGUGAAGAACUGAUACGGCAACAGGAAGAACUUAGAGCAAAAGAGUUGUACUUGAGUCUCAAGCAAGCUCAACAACAUAGCCAACAUAAUGAGCAUGAGGACCAGGAAUGGGCAGAACAGUUGCGCCGCUCAAAAGCUGCAGAUGAAGAAAGGAGUCAUAAAGCACGCAGAGCUCGGGACGAAUAUCGACGCCAAUCCCUGCGAGCCAUCCAGAAAGGAAAAGUGGCUGGUUUAAGUAGCCUGUUCAGGGGUACUAGCCUGAAUAAUGAUCAGGAGACAAAGCUGAACAACAACAGCCCAAGCCCGCUAAUGAUGCUCACUGCACCAUCCAGUAAAGUUUGGGAACGUCCUUCUAGACCCUUUUCCCGAGAAAUCAUCAUUCGUUGGUUCAAGGAAGAACAGCUUCCACGACGUGCUGGGUUUGAAAGAAACACCAACAACAUUGCACCCUGGUUUCAUGGUAUUAUUAGCCGCCAGGAGGCUGAAGAGUUGCUAAUGAACAAGUCUGAAGGAGCAUUUCUGGUACGAGUCAGUGAGAAAAUCUGGGGCUACGCCUUAUCUUAUCGCCAACAGAGUGGAUUCAAGCACUUUCUGGUGGAUGCUUCAGGGGAUUUCUACAGCUUCCUGGGGGUAGAUCCCAAUCGGCAUGCAACGCUCACAGAUCUUAUUGAUUUUCACAAGGAAGAAAUCAUCACAUCCUCUGGUGGGGAACUACUACUGGAACCAUGUGGACAGAGGAGGAACCCACCAGACUAUAGUCCCUUAUUUGAAUGACUGCCUUCAGGACUUCAGUGAAUACCUUAUGCAUAGUUAAAAUAGUAAGACUCAAGCUGAUAAAUAGUAUGCUAAUGAUCAAAUUUUCAGUCACUAGUUUUGUGGACAACAAACUGCCACCAUUAAACAGUCCGAGAAAUUACUAUUUAACCUGAUUUGUAGAAAUAAUUUAUAUCACUAAUAUUUUAAUUAUAGAUGAAUACUGGUGGACUACAGUAUCCCUAGAUAUGUUUUAGGAGUGGUGAUCAACUAGCAUUGACAGUUAUGGUUACAUUUUGCUUGUUCACUUCUAUC